UCUUGCCACGGAGUACCCUCUACCUGCCAGACUUAUUCCAUUCCAGUUUGAUCAUCUCCCUCUGAUGACUGAACCAAUACCAGCACAUGCUCCCUGCACCACCUGUGCCCUGCAGCACCUCCCCUUCAACCCAUCACCCCGUCUUCAUCCCACCACCUCCCUUUCAUCCCAUCACCUCCCCUUCAAUCCAUCAUCACAUGUGCCCUGCGCUGCCCUCCCCCCACCCAGCAGGGACCCGGAGCUGGCAGGGGCGCUGCGCUCACUGCUGCAUGCAGUGGGGGCGGAGAUGGGGCUGCACCCUGCGCAGCGAAUCUGA